GAUCUCCAGAUAAUAAAAGCGGCCGCCGUAGGCGAGGGUGGCAAGAUGGCUUCGUUUGCUUUUGCUCGUGCAGUGAGAGCUGCUUCAGGAAUUCUACGGCCCCUGAAUAUUUUGGCAUCUUCAACCUAUCGCAACUGUGUCAAGAAUGCCUCUCUUAUUUCUGCAUUGUCCACUGGACGCUUUAGUCAUAUUCAGACACCAGUUGUUUCCUCCACUCCCAGACUUACCACAUCUGAGAGGAACCUGACAUAUGGGCAUACUUCAGAGAUCCUUAAUAGAUUGGCCCCCGUGCUUCCAAGUGUCCUGAAGCUACCAGUCAGAUCUCUAACAUACUUCAGUACAAGAAAAGGCAAGAGAAAGACUGUGAAAGCUGUCAUCUAUAGGUUUCUUCGACUUCAUUGUGGCCUAUGGGUGAGGAGAAAGGCUGGCUAUAAGAAAAAAUUAUGGAAAAAGACACCUGCAAGAAAAAAGCGAUUGAGGGAAUUUGUGUUCUGCAAUAAAACCCAGAGUAAACUCUUAGAUAAGAUGACGACGUCCUUCUGGAAGAGGCGAAACUGGUAUGUCGAUGAUCCUUAUCAGAAGUAUCAUGAUCGAACAAACCUGAAAGUAUAGAUUAGAAGUUUCACUUGUUUCUCAGUUAUUGGAUAUGUAUCUUUGUGUACAUGAUAUCUUUGCAAAAAUGGAUAAGUACAAAACUUGAUGUAAAUUGUACCAAUGAAUAUGUAAACAUACAGUGACAACAUUAAACUUAUAAAAGUAUAAAAA